CCUGAUUGUACACCGAGGCUAUCAUUCUAAUACAGGCUUUUAUUUUCCUCUCCAUUUUUCUGUUUUCUCUGUUUUCCUUGAAAACGCUUCCUCUAACCUCAUCAUCUUUCGUAGAGGCUAGGUACUCUACAAUCUUCAAUAUCAUUCAGAAUUAAGCGAGUGAUAAUGGAUUUUCUUUCCACUGCUGCACCUACCAUAGUAAUAAUUUUAGCAGUAAUUCUUUUACCGGUAAUUUUUUGGCCGUUGAAGAACAAGAGAUACCCACCUGUUGCCGGAACUAUCGUACACCUAUUUAAAUAUCGCUUCAAGCUGCACGAUUACUUCACUGAGCUUGCAUGCAAUUACAAAACAUACAGGAUAAGUGUCUUGUUCAAAUAUAUAGUUUUCACAGCAGAUCCUGCAAAUGUUGAAUACUUGCUCAAGACGAACUUUGCAAACUAUGGCAAGGGAGAAUACGUGCACAGCCUCAUAUCAGAUGUUGUAGGCGACGGGAUCUUCUCUGUGGAUGGGGAAAAAUGGCGGCAUCAGAGGAAGACAUCAAGCUCUCACUUCUCAACAAAAAUACUUAGAGAGUUUAGCAGUGAAAUCUUCAAGACCAAUGCAGUAAAGCUUGCUGGCAUAAUUCAUGAAGCUGCAACCCGUGACGAAUCAAUAGAGAUGCAAGAUUUGUUUAUGAAAUCAACCUUGGAUUCAAUCGUCAAGAUUCUACUUGGUUUCGAUCUAGGCACCAUGUCGAAAACAAACAAUGAAGAAAGUAUCCGGUUUUCCAAUGCUUUUGACGCUGGAAACGCAGCUUCCCUUUUUCGUGUUGGUGAUAUCGUGUGGAAGAUCAAACGGUUCUUGAACAUUGGUACAGAAGCAAUGCUAAGAGAACAUAUGAAAGUGGUGGAUCAAUUUAUAUACAAAUUAAUCAACAAAAAGAUUGAAAGACUCCAUAAUCCAGAAGAUGAUGAUGAGCUACCUCUAAAGAAAAAAGACUUCGUCUCCAGGCUUUUAGAAACUUGUGAAACUGAUCCAAAGUACUUGAGAGACAUAGUCCUCACUUUUAUUGCUGCCGGCAAAGACACAACUGCCUCUGCUCUUUCAUGGUUUUUCUAUAUGAUGUGCAAACAUCUUGAUAUACAAGAAAAGAUUGCACAGGAAGUUAGAGAAGCAACAGGCCUAAAUAAUAGUUCAAGCGUUGAUGAAGUUGCAGCCAACCUUACUGAAGAGGCGCUUAACAAAAUGCAAUAUCUCCAUGCAGCUUUGAAUGAGACGCUCAGACUCUAUCCCACAGUUCCAAUGAAUGCGAGGAUUUGUUUUUCUGAUGAUGUCUGGCCAGAUGGAUAUAGUAUUAAGAAGGGGCAAUUGGUGAUAUUCCAACCUUAUUCAAUGGGUCGUAUGAAGUUUAUAUGGGGUGACGAUGCAGAAGAGUUUCGACCAGAAAGAUGGCUGGACGAAAAUGGCAAUUUUCAGGAAGAAAGCCCUUUUAAAUUCCUGGCCUUCAAUGCCGGCCCAAGAAUUUGUAUGGGAAAAGACUAUAGUUUUAUCCUGAUGAAGAUCUUUGCUGCGGCGCUUUUAAACAACUACACAUUCAAGCUCAGUGACGAGAAAAAAGUUGUCAAAUACAAGAUGAUGGUCACACUCCAUAUCAAUAAAGGCCUUAAUGUUCAUGCAUCUCCAAGAGUUUGAGCGUGGAAUAAAGUUAUUUUAAAUGUUUUGUUUUAAACAUCUUUCACCUUCCCAUUAGAGUUAAUCAUUGAAAAUAAAGAGGCUAGCCUUUACAAUUUCAUGUAUUGUUCUUGUUUCUUUGAUACAUCAAACUUAUGGUGAAUAAGUACUUGUAGUUGAUGAGCA